AUGCCCGGUGCUACAGACGUUGCGACGUUGAGUGUUUAUGUCCACUUCCUGGACGACUCGGACCCAUUUUCGACCACAGCCUUGUGUUGCCUUGAGCCCACUCGGCCCCUGCCGUUUUCCUUGAAUGUGCGCACGCCUCUGUGCGAGCAGGUCCCACCGCUGCGCCGGCUGCUUAACGCACCUCAGAAGGUAGAAGACGUCGCUCUGCAGCUAUGUCGUACGACAUCUGGAUCCGCUACCUCCGCCGUCGACUUUGGCAACUAUUUGGAUUUGGAGGUGUCUCUCGAGGAACAGCCCGAUGAGUUAGCCGCCCUCAAACAAAGCAUCCGCCGACGGCUAUCGAGCGGUCAUCCACUGGUCAACUCGGUCAACAGUCGUUGGAGAUUUCCUGUGCGUCACAUGUAUGUCAUAGUCGUUGUGCCUGAUGUGCACGAUGUCCGAAAAAUUGGCCUUGUUGCCACCAUUGCCACCGCCUCCGUCCUCCUUGCCUCCUUGUCGAUAUGUGAAUGUAAGCGAUUGCUGGGUGCCGAUUUCAGCUGUGGUCAGUAUUAA